AUGUCAGGAGAUCACAGAGAAUCAAUACCAUCAAAAAGAGAUAGCCAAGGAAGUGAGAGAAGAGGACCACAGCCUGCAAAAAAAGCGAAAAUUAUUGAUGAAGACAUUGAAGUCUCUGAUGAAGAAUUUGUGCCUGAUCAUUCUGACACCUCCGAAGAGGUGCCGUCAUUGCUAUCUGAUGAAGAAGAGCAUGGGGAGGAUGAGGAUUUUGAUUUUGAAGGAUAUAGGAAAUUCAGAGAGCAGGAUAAUGGACAGAAUGCAGAAAGCUCUGAAAGUGGAGAAGAAGAAAGUGGAAGUGAGGAAAGCGCAGGAAGUGAAGAAGAAGGAGAGUCUGAAGGCAGCGAAGAAGAGUCAGAAGAAUCUGAAGCUUAA